CUCAGGACAUCUCGCAAUUGUUGCGCCGGAAAAUUUAUAAUAAUAAAUAUUUUAUAACAGAUUUUGAGUGAUACUUGUGAAGGAAUAUUAUUUAAAUUAUUCUGAAGUGUUUUAUGUUUUUGGAACAAAGGAUUUUUAUAAGUGCAAUUAGUGUUUGUGAAAUGGAUUGGUUUUGAAACAAGAGGGAGCUGUCAUUUUCCGGAGUUUUAUUUUGAACACGAUAUGGUUGGCCAUGAAUAAGUGACUGAUGAGCAAUGAAGGUUGGACCAUAUUACCAUUUGUUGAUUACCAAAAUAUUCUUCAAGAGUUGUUAUAGAUUAGCAUCGUUACUUAUUUUCUAUAAUGUGACCUUAAUAUGUGGCACACCUAUUCCUUCGACUAGAGAAGUUUUACUAGGUGGCGAAAACGAACAAAUAGAAUUAUAUUUAGGUGAAGAUGUACGGUUAAAAUGUGAUAUUCAUACUGGAUCCAGCAGGCACUAUUCUUGGUACCACAAUGGACACAAAAUUAGAACCAAUUCAAGAUUUACUUUGGAGAGAAAAUGGCUCGACAUCAGACACGUAGUUUCUCAAGACUCUGGCCUGUACGCGUGCACUGCUGCGGGUCAAUGGCGCAAUGCGACCGCCACCGUGGACCAGGAGGCCCUCGAUGAAGUCUUAGAAGAUUAUAACGAUGGUUCUGGAUAUGUGUCCCAUACACAUUCUCCAGAUGUAGUUCAAUUUAUGGAACUUUUGGGUGAUAAAAAUGCAAUCGAAGAUAUUCCCAAAAGUUUGGCACCAGAAUUCACCAAACCAGAGUUAAUGGUCGAUAAAAAACGAGUAUCUAAAGGCACUACUUACAAACUACUAUGCAACUCAUACGGAGUUCCUUUUCCGACUACGUCAUGGUUCAAAGAUAAUAAAAACAUAACAAAUUCUAGUCCAAAUAAACACAAUAAAUCCGACCAAGUAUUAGUUAUAGAAAAAUUCAAUGCAAAAGAUGAAGGAACAUAUGUAUGUAAAUCUUGUAACUCGGCCGGAUGCAUAAGUCACUCUACAAAAUUAGAAAUUGCAGACGUGGAAAAUAAUCCUGCACCUUUGUCGCAACACCCUGAAUCCAGAAAUAUGGUACUACCUACUCGAGAAAUUGCAACCUCAACGGCAUCAAUGAGUCCUCCAGAAUUUACAAAACCAGACAAGAUGGUGCUUUUGGAAGUGAAACCUGCUGGGAAUAUGGUCAAAAUAGUUUGCUCGGUCCACGGAAAUCCUACCCCCAAUAUCACCUGGACAAAGGGAAAUGAGACCCACAGUCAGGAACCUCAGAGGUCUUUUGGAGUUGUUAAAUAUGGAAAAAAUAAUCAAGUUUUGAUUAUGGAAGAGUUGGUGGAAAAGGAUUCUGGAUUUUAUACAUGUAAAGCGUGCAAUGUUCUUGGAUGCGUCGAGCAUACCACAAAACUCGAAGUUAUUGAGCGUUACCCCUCGAAACCGUACAUCCGCGAGGGAUAUCCGCGUAACGUAACCGCCGUCGAGAACGCGACGUACGUGUUCUUCGAAUGUCCGCCGACGGCCGACCUGGAGCCGCACAUGGCCUGGUACAGGACGCCCCUGGCGAUGUUGCCUGAUAGCGUCGAAACCUUACCAGAAAACGGAACCAUUGUCGUUGGAGAGGAGCUGCAGCCUUUGGUGAAUGAUCUUGAAUCGUUAAGUAAUCCAACGAUAUUGAGGCUUACAAAUAUCACAAAGGAUAUGGAAGGCUGGUAUACUUGUAUGGCAGCUAAUGCUUUAGGAAGGACAUAUGGCAGCGCCUACUUGAAAGUUGUUGAUGAGCUUCCAAGUGAGACAGAAGUGGCCCGUCCACAAUCGCUCCUAGUUUACACCUUGGGCGGAGUUCUGUGCUCCAUGGUAAUUCUAGGCGUAUUUACAGUUAUAUGCAUAUUUAACAAAUUAAAACAAGAAAAGAUUAAAAAGCACCAAGCCAUCGAAAGAGCCGUAGUUGUUACUAACUGGACAAAGAAGAUCAUCAUCGAAAAACAAGGUCUGCAUGAUACGAACGUGAUCAAUGUCAACGAACCUUUGCUUAUGCCUGUGGUAAAAAUUGAGAAACAGAAAUCUGCACAAUUGCAAAUGAAUAACGAUGGUGGACCCCUAUCAGAGUAUGAAUUGCCAAUUGAUUUGGAAUGGGAAUUCUGUAGAAGUAAACUGAAACUAGGAACUGUGUUGGGUGAAGCUUUUGGAAAAGUGGUAAAAGCUGAAGGUCAUGGUCUGAUUAAACCUGGUGUUAAUACUGUUGUUGCUGUAAAAAUGCUUAAAGAAGGUCAUACAGAUGCCGAAAUGAUGGAUUUAGUUUCUGAGAUGGAAAUGAUGAAAAUGAUCGGAAAGCAUAUAAACAUCAUUAACUUACUUGGCUGUAGUACCCAAAAUGGUCCUCUGUUCGUUGUUGUGGAAUAUGCUCCACAUGGUAAUUUGAGAGAUUUCUUAAGGCAACACAGAUCAAGUGUAGGAUAUGAAUCGGCGAUAGGAGAUACCACGAAGGAAAAGAAAACUUUGACCCAAAAAGAUUUGGUAUCAUUUGCUUACCAAAUAGCACGUGGAAUGGAAUACUUAGCAUCGAGAAGAUGUAUCCAUCGUGAUUUAGCAGCCAGGAAUGUACUGGUUAGUGACGAUUAUGUGAUGAAAAUAGCAGAUUUCGGGUUAGCACGAGACAUUCAUUGUAGUGAUUAUUACCGCAAAACAACUGAUGGCAGACUUCCAGUUAAAUGGAUGGCUCCAGAAGCACUUUUCCAUCGAGUUUAUACAACACAAAGCGAUGUGUGGUCUUAUGGCAUAUUGCUUUGGGAAAUUAUGACUUUAGGAGGAACUCCUUACCCAUCAGUGCCUUCUGUUGAAAAAUUGUUCCAGUUGCUACGAUCAGGACAUCGUAUGGAAAAGCCGCCGUGUUGUUCGCUCGAAAUUUACAUGCUGAUGCGAGAAUGUUGGAGUUACCAGCCAACUGAGAGGCCCUUGUUUUCAGAGCUGGUCGAUGAUUUAGAUCGAAUUUUAACAGUUACGGUAAAUGAAGAAUAUUUAGAUUUAGGACUUCCCCAGUUGGACACACCGCCCAGCAGUGCUGAGCCAAGUGACAACGAAACUGAGCAUUUUCCGAUGCUCAUAAAUAAGACUUGUAAUAGUCACGAUUUCCAAGGAACCGCAUUAUUUGUAAAUAGUUCUGAUUGAAUUUGAAAGAAGAUUUUCAGAGUCAGAGAUUUGUUUUAUUGAUAAAUGAUAGAAUAUAACA